CCUCCGUCUCUGUCUGCCUCCUUCAUUUUGCAAACCUGCUCUGCUUUCAUUUCAAUCAGACUUCAGGGACGAUAUCAAGGCUCGGCAGCUGUAUGCUGUCAAAGUGGAUGCAGGACCUCUAUUCUUUGAAAUGAAGGUGUUCUGAGAAAGCAGAAGGACUUGAGUUUUGUUUGCUGUGGUGGAUGUCUGUCUAUUGCAGUCUCUCCUCAUCAUGGCAGCAGCUCCGCCAGUGUGCUACCAUGGGGCAAUGACGAAAAAGGAGUGUGAAGACCUGUUGGGAAAGAAGAACAAGGAUGGAGCUUACCUCAUUCGAGACAGCGAGACCAUCCAGGGAGCCAUGUGUCUGUGUGUCUAUAAAAACAAGGUGGUGUAUACCUACAGACUACUUCAAGCACACACUGGAAACUACACUCUCCUGACAGCAGGAGGUGUCCAGGAGACAUUUUUUAAGACUUUGGAUGAUCUCAUCCGUCAUUAUAAGAGAAGGAACCAGGGCCUUGCAAUGCACCUGCGACACUCUGUCAAAAGGAAGACGGCCAUGGUGAUCCGACCCCCUCAACCUCCACCUCCAGAUGAUGACGAUCCUGAUUAUGAAAACUCGCCAGAUUACGUUGAGGUCUUACCCUGCUGAACUCCACAAACGGUGACAUUAAGCGUCAAAUACACCAAGAGAGUGCAGAUGACGUGUUGGGAAAAAGACUGAACUAUGGGAUCUUAACAAAAAUGGACAAUGGUUCGC